UUGGGUCAGGCGCUGAAGUACCAGAGGGGGGCGGGGAUGUUGAAGGAGCUGGAGGGGGGGGGGGGGGUCGGCGCAGCCGGAGAGGUACGAUUUGUUUCGGGGCAAGGUGCCGGUUGUGGAGGAGGAGGACGAGACGUUUUUCCGCACGUGCUUGAGGACGAUGCAGUUCGACGCGCAGGCGUGUCCGGAGGUUGCGCGAUUCUCUCCGGACGGACAGAUGUUGGUCGUGGGGUUGAUCAACGGGUUCAUCGAGAUCUACGACCCGAAGACGGGGAGGCUGAACACCGAGUUGGCCUACCAGGAGAGAGACGAGUUCAUGGUCCACAAGGGUGCGGUGUUAUGUCUAGCAUUCUGCAGACAGGGCGACUAUAUGCUGAGCGGGGACCAGUUCGGAGACAUCAAGUUGUGGAGGCUCUCGACAGGACAGUGCAUAAGGAUGUUCGAGUCCGCCCAUUCCGACGGCGUGACCUCCCUCUCUUUCUCCAAGAACAACGACCAGGUGCUGUCCACCUCGUUCGACCAAACCGUGCGCAUACACGGCGUCAAAAGCGCGAAGGCACUGAAGGUCUUCCGCGGACACACCAGCUACGUCAACGGGGCCCUGUGGACGUCCGAUGGCCAGGUCGUCUCGGCCUCCUCCGACGGCUACAUUCGAGUCUGGAACGCCCAGACCGAGGACUGUCUGCGCUGCUUCCAGGCGAACCCUACCUGUCCGGAGUUCAAGAGGCCCAUCCACACCCUCGCCCUCCUCGGGUACCAGGAUCACUUCCUAGUCUCCGACCGCUCCAGCCAAAUACAGGUCAUGAACAAGCAAGGAGAAAUUCUCAAGACCUACCGACUCUCCGCCGACGACAACGAGCCCCCCGAGUUCACCGCCGUCACCGUGUCCCCCAAGGGCAAUUGGAUCUACGCCGUCGCCAGCGACCAGUUCCUUUAUUGCCUCAACGUCCUCUCCGGAGAGGUCGAGCACUCGCUCAAGCUCCACGACAAGGAGGUCAUCGGCCUCCACCACCACCCCCUCAAGAACGUGCUCCUCUCCUUCUCGGCCGGCGGCGAGCUCAAACUGUGGAAAUCGUAAAACCUAAAGACCCGCCGCAUAGAAAAAAAAAAAAAAAAAAAAAAAUAAUAAUAAUAAACCUCUCAAAAAAAUU